AUGCGUUUCUCAUUGGUUCUAGCUCUGGGCUUGCUCUGUUGUCUGGCUUUGAUUCAGCAGAGUGGUGCUGCGACAGGAACUGCCAACACAACAACAACAACCACCACUACAACAACCACAUCAUCAAGUGCCACAACAACCACAACUGCAGCAUCGACUAGUGAUACAACGACAACAGCAGCAUCCUCAACGGCAACCACAACCGAAUCAUCAUCCUCAUCAUCAUCAUCCUCGAAGGCAGCCAGAAGGCGCAGGCGUGAACGUCGUCGCCGUAUUGCCCGUCGCCGGCAGCGCCGCGAGCGUCGUCGUCAACGUGAGCAACAAAAGUUGCGCAAUCGUUUGGAAAGGAACCGUCAACGCAUUCGCCAAUUGGAGGGUUAG